AUGGCGUCUUUCCUGAGCCGCGUGUUUUCCGGAGACUCGGCGUACCUCAUGUACUCCCGGCUCGUCCGCACCAAACCCGUGGGCUCCAUGGGGCAGUCCGGGGACGAGCUCACGGAGAUGGGCGACUCGUCCUCGGGCGUGGGCCUCGCCAAGGUGCUGACCACGGUGGACCUGGUGUCUCUGGGCGUGGGCAGCUGCGUGGGCACGGGCAUGUACGUGGUGUCCGGGCUCGUGGCCAAGGCGAUGGCGGGGCCCGGGGUCAUACUCUCCUUCAUCAUCGCGGCGGUGGCUUCGGUUCUCUCAGGUGUGUGUUAUGCCGAGUUUGGCGUCCGUGUCCCGAAGACCACCGGCUCGGCGUACACCUACAGUUACGUGACGGUCGGGGAGUUCGUGGCGUUUUUCAUCGGCUGGAACCUGAUUCUGGAGUAUCUGAUCGGGACGGCGGCCGGGGCCUCGGCGCUCAGCAGCAUGUUCGACUCUUUGGCCAAUCACACCAUCAGCCAAUACAUGAUCACACACCUGGGCACGCUGCGAGGGCUGGGUAAAGGUGAGGACACGUACCCGGACCUGCUGGCGCUCUUCAUCGUGCUCCUCGUCACGGCGAUCAUCGCUCUGGGCGUCAGAAACUCCAUCGGCUUCAACAACGUCCUGAACGUGGUGAACCUGGUGGUGUGGGUCUUCAUGAUCAUCGCUGGACUCUUCUUCAUCUCAGCACGAAACUGGGAGGGAGGAAACUUUCUGCCCUACGGAUGGUCCGGGGUGAUGCAGGGAGCAGCCACCUGUUUUUACGCCUUCAUUGGUUUCGACAUCAUCGCGACGACGGGAGAAGAAGCCAAAAACCCAAACACCUCUAUCCCGUACGCCAUCACCGCCUCGCUCGUCACAUGUCUCACUGCGUACGUCUCGGUGAGUGUGAUCCUGACCCUGAUGGUGCCCUACGACCUGAUCGACGGCUCUGCUCCCCUCAUGGAGAUGUUUGCGGUUCACGGGUUCCUUUGGGGGAAGUACGUCGUAGCUGCAGGUUCGGUGGCGGGUCUCACUGUGUCUCUGCUCGGGUCUCUGUUCCCCAUGCCCAGAGUCAUCUACGCCAUGUCCAGAGACGGGCUGCUCUUCAGAUUCUUGUGCCACGUGUCGGCCUUUACUCACACUCCCGCCGUGGCCUGCGUUGUUUCGGGGACUUUCGCCGCCAUCUUAGCGCUCCUGGUCAGCCUCCGCGACCUGAUCGAGAUGAUGUCCAUCGGCACGCUGCUGGCAUACACCCUGGUUAGCGUCUGCAUCCUUUUACUGCGCUACCAACCCGACGAAACCACGGACACGCACCAUUUCAGAUCCGAAGACACCGAGGACAUUAAACAGCUUGAAGACGGAGAUUUUCCCACGAAAGACGAUCGAAAACUGAUAGAAAAUGAGAAUUCGUCUUAUCACGCUGGAGGGACAGAAGGCGAGGGAGACGACUCAGAUUUCCACACCGGACACGCCCCUUUAUUUAAGCGGAUUCUUGGCGGUCAUUAUUACACGAUUCGGAUGCGUUUGGGAAUGCCAGACGCCUCCGCCCGCCCCACGCCAAUCACCGGCCGCACCGUCACGAGAUGCACCCUGUCGUUCUUCAUUUCUAGCUUCAUCAUGUGGUCCUGGGUCAUUUUCGGAGUGGAGCAGGGGUCGGGAUUUGGAGCCGUACUUUCGGGGAUCAUGGCGGCGUUGGCGUGCGGGACGUUGGUGAAGCUGAUGGUGACGAUCCUGCAGCAGCCCGAGAGCCCGCGCCGUCUGCCGUACAUGGCGCCCUGUGUGCCCUUCGUCCCCGCGGCGGCCAUUUUAGUGAACACCUACCUGAUGCUGAAGCUGAGGCCGCUGACGUGGAUACGGUUUACGAUCUGGUGUCUCAUCGGUUUGCUGAUUUACUGCUGUUACGGCGUGUGGCACAGCACUCUGGAGCUGAACGCGCAGGAGGAGCAGGCUCAGGCCAGCACCUACCAGCGAUACGAUGACCACCUGGACGAUACUUUCUCCCCCGACUUUUACCCAGAAGAGGGCGACGGUGAGCGGCCGUAUCAGGGCUGGUCUGCGCCCGAGGAGAGGGGCUACCUCUACACCGCCCAGAGGAACCACCCGGGGCAGGAGGUCCCGUACGAGGAGGGUGAGGAUGAGGAGGAAGAGGAGGAGGAGGGCGAGGAGGGGUAUGGGUACCAGUCUGCACCCAGAACGAAGUACAAGAGCUCGAGAGGAAGGACCAAUCGGGGCUUCUUUGACGAUGACGAUUAA